AUCACACAGUUUCCGUCUCACACCAUGAACUUUUGCAGACACAUUUAUUCAUUACACAGGUCUCUGUUUCAGGUUUUCAGUCAGUGUCACUGAGUCCUAUCAGGAAUCUACUAAGCUCCUGUUGUACAGAGUAGACGGAUAAACAGCAGUCGAAUGGAUCAGCUGAACUUUCUAACUCAUGACGAGUUGGUUAGUUUUUUUCGCCGUAAGAAGGCUGAGAUCUCUUGUAUGGAGGAACCUCACAUCUUCCUGAGGCAGCUCCGAGACCACGACCUGGUGCCUGAGGAUCUCUACAAGGAGGUAUCAAAGAGGAGAAAUAAGAAGAGAAUAGAGGACGGUGUGUAUGAGAUUUUGGACAGUUUGGAGAAUGAGGGAGGAGAUUUCAUCAAGCGCUUUUGGAGUUGUGUGUUUCAGGACCACAUCCAGCAGAAAUACCCUGUUUUCCGCCUUCUCCGAAACAGCAUCCAGGACGGUUCCUUUAGGAAUUAUAUAAAGCUUCCUAAUGCAGAGAAUCCAAGCGGGAGUAACGAAGGUGAGAGACAAGGAAAGAACCAAGCGCAAAUGAAGAAGGCAAAAAAGAGAAAGAUAGCUGAUAAGAAGGCAGAUGAAGAGGAAGCAGGCCCUUCCUCAGGGACCAGACAGAAGAAAGCCGACACAGAGCCUAAGUCCUCAUUGCUGUUACAUAGAGGAGAAGUUCUUGUUACCUGCGGAGACAAAAGAGGCACAUUGGAUCCAGACAAGCUUGGCAAAGGAGAAAAGUGCAUUUUUUCUGAGGAUCGGUGGUUCAGCCCAGGUGAGUUUGAGAGAUUUUCAGGAAAGGGAAGUUGCAAGAACUGGAAAACCAGCAUCCGCUACCAAAACACUACACUACAGAAACUUAUAAAGGACGGUCAUUUGAAGUGUCCGAGGAUUUACAGACGUAGUCGAUCGAAGAAAAAAUGGCUGACUGUUUCUUUAAGCUCUUUCAGCUCUGUGGAAAGCUCUAAGUCAAUUUUCAGUAGAGAGACUGAUGAAUCCAGUGAUGAGUACAUAACUGAUGAUGAUGAUGAAGAAGAAGAAGAAGAAGAAGAAUACAGCGAGACAGCACAUUUGUCAACACUCCUGACUUUACCAGUCAGCUGUGGAUCUGUCAGUGGGGUUUUACAUAAAAGCAGAUUUUCAGGCGGGUCACGCAGUAAGAGCAUCCGCACAGAGGAGCGCUGGUUCACUCCUGAGGAGUUUGUAAAGCAGGAGUUAACUCUGACAGACGGACACUGGAAGAAAGAUAUACUGUGUCACGGAAAAACCCUCGACUACCUGGUGAAGAAGAAAAUCCUGCAAAUCCAUUCAGUGCUGUGUCGCUGUGCUGUGUGUCAUCCUGGGGAAAAGGAGCAGGAUAAUGAUGACAUGUGCUACAUUUGUAACUCUGAGGGAGAUCUGGUCUGCUGUGACAAGUGUCCACGAGCUUAUCACCAUCACUGUCACUUACCAACUCUACAACAAGAAGCACUAGGGGGCAGUUGGUUAUGUACUUAUUGUGUGUUCAAGAAUAACCAUAAGUUGUGGAUUCAAAUGAACAGGAAGGGAGCGAUGAAUAGUCCUGUCUCCAUGAACAUGAUGCGCUGUGAGUAUUUGCUGUUGUUUUUAUAUAAGGCGGAUACACAGCGUGUGCUAACUGAUGAUCCCACCAAAAGGAUGGGCAGAUGUACAGAUGUGAUCUCUGAGCCCAUGUGGCUAAACAAAGUGAAGAGCAAACUGCAGGAAAACAAGUACACAAGAGUGAAAGAGUUUGUACAUGACAUCAGACUCAUCUUCAAAAACUGCCAGACUUUGAACAGGGGUAAUAAAUCUGACAGGAUGAUGGCAGCCAAACUGUUUGAGCAGGAAUUUAACAGCGUCUUUAAAAUCCACUAGAAUGUUUACCACCGAAAGUCCGAUUUUAAUGUUAAACUUUGCAUACUGUUUAUUCUUGCUGUUGGUUUCCCCAGUGCUGAUUUUUCCUGAAGUUUUGGAUUUUACUGAUUUUCAAUAAACACCUUGUUGUAC